CUUCGGAAGGGUGGCACGCUGAGGGAGGGAGCGAAGCUAGUCGGAGGAGAGUGCUCCGUUGGUUGAUGUUCCCUUUUCUAAUUUUCCUGUGGCGAUCAGUCGGCAUUUCUGAUCAGUGCCGUUAUCUGGAGUUCUCUUCUGUAUACAAUAUUGAUCAGUCGAAGUACUAGGAUCCCCUAAAUAGGGUUUCGCUGUUCCGAGGUAACGAAAUUUUAUGUUUAAUGGUUCCGCUAAAGGCGGGGAAAUGACGGGGUACGGUGAAGAGGAGCCGGAGAAGAAGCGGCGUGGACUGAAUUCGGUGUCUGACAUGGCCAAGAAGGAGCCUUCCCCGCCUUCCCCCGAGAAUAAAGCCGCUGAUGCAAUCGUACUUCAAUAUCAGAAUCAAAGGCUUGUCCAGCAGUUAGAAGCACAAAAAAAUGAGGUGCAUGUUUUGGAGGCAAAGCUUAAUGAGCUGAAAGCCAAACAAAUUGCAUAUGAUGAGGCAUUGAUCGGUGUCAAUAAAAAUUGGAAUCUGUUGGUUGAUGACCUGAUCCUGCUGGGCUUGCGAGCUGGAGACUAUGAAAAUGGUAUUCAAAAAUUGGAGCGGCUAGACAGUCCAACAGGUAUACCCCUGUCAUGCCCCUUGGAGGAGACAUUCCUCUUCAGACUCCUAGAAGCAAAUAGAGCAGAAAGACACAUGGAGAAUGGGACAACAAGCAAUAUUCAAAUGAGCAGCAUUGAAGAAGCUCUUGCCUCCAGGCGAGCAUUAACUUUGAGCUUGAUGAAGGGCCUGACACAGACUAUUGAUAUCCAGCGGGUGAAAACAGAAAGACUAGCAUCAAAGUUGCAUGGAGGCCUUUCUGCUGAAGAUGCUGUCAUUGAGCUGCAGAAGAUUGAAAGUGCACUGACACUAGAGAUAAAGAAUCUACAGGAAGUUAUUGAUAACCUUAAUAUGAAGCAUAAAGGUUUUCAAGAAGAAAUAAAGACUUAUCUUGAAAGUCAUGCAGCAGAUCAGUCUGAAAUUAAACAUUUGGCAGAUGAACUGGAAGAAAGCAUGGCAGAACUUGAAGAAAGUAGGCGGAAGUUAGUGAAUUUGAAGGUACAGAAUGUGGCAUGUGGAACACACAUUCCCAUUUUGAGCCCAAUAAAUGGGGUUCAUUCCUUUGAAAAGCCUACUGACAGGACAAGGGGAAUGCGUGAGUUAAAAGAUUCACUUGAUGAGGCUAAGAUUUUAGCAGCAAGACGCCUUUCAGAGCUUCAAGAGAUAUGUGAAGAAAAUGCAAUCCUGUCAAAACAAUUAAAAACUCUUCAGAAUGAAAUGAAAGAUGAGAAAUAUGUCAUGUCUUCCCGACCUUAUACUACAUUAAAUGAGCGGGUUCAGCAUUUGAAGUCUGAAUUGGAGAAGUAUAGAGGAUUAAUUGAUUCCUUGCAGGCUGAAAGGAAUAAUCUAAGUUGGAAGGAGAAGGAGCUGAAUGCCAAGGCAGAAACAGCUGAUGCUUCACGAGAAGCUCUCAGCAAUGCUGAGUCCAGGAUACAGGAGCUAGAGAUUCAGCUGCAGAGGUGUAUGACUGAUAAAAAUGAUCUUGAAUUGAAAUUAGAAGAAGCUGGCGAGGAUUCAGGAAGGAAGGAUAUAAAAUCAGAGUUCAGUGUCAUGGCUGAAGCCUUGGCUAAAGAGUUAGGGAUAAUGGAAGUGCAGCUGAAUCGUUUUAAGGACAUAGCAUGUGAAGCCCUCUCUUUACGUGAAGAAGUUCGUUCUCUUAGAGAAAAAAUUGAUGAAAGAACGGGUGAAUGCAAGACAUUGUCCGACAAAUGUGCAGCAAAUGUGAUAAAGAUCAAGUCCCUCAAGACGUUGAUCGAGAGGUUAGAGAAGGAAAAACAAGAAUUACAAAUCUUUCUGGACAUGUAUGGUCAAGAAUGCUUUGAAAAAAGGGAUAUAAUGGAGAUCAAAGAAUCAGAGCAUAGGGCUUACAUGCAAGCUGAGAUGUUAAAAUCUGAUUUAGAUGAGCACAGUCUGGAGUUGCGAGUUAGAGCAGCUAAUGAGGCUGAAAGUACAUGUCAGCAAAGGCUGACUGCUGCUGAAGCUGAAAUAUCUGAUCUGAUGGACAAAUUGGAUACUUCACAGAGACAUAUUUUGGAGGUUAGAGAAGCUAUAAAAGUGAAGGAUGAAGAGGCAGAAGCAUAUAUUUCUGAAAUUGAGACUAUCGGUCAAGCUUAUGAAGAUAUGCAGAUGCAAAACCGUCGACUUCAGCAACAGGUGGCUGAAAGAGAUGAUUACAAUAUCAAGCUUGUCUCGGAGAGCAUGAAAGUAAAGCAUGCUCAAAGCAGCCUUGUUGCUGAAAAGCAGGCUUUAGCAAAGCAACUGCAGCAAGUCAAUGCAUCAUUGGAUUUUUUGAAGAUGAGAAUUGCGCGUGGCGAGGAGCAGAUUAAAGCUUAUCUUGCCCAAGCUGCCAAGGCUUCACAGGAAAAUAGACAUCUAGCAAUGAGCGUGGAGACUGCAAAAGUGGAACAAAUAGAUGCUGAAAAGGAGCUAAAAUGGCUGAAGACAGCUGUUGAGUCCUCAGAGAAAGAUAUUGAGCAUAAUCAGAAGAAGUUUGAUGAGCUUCAAGCAGAACUAGAAAAGGAAAGAUUGGAGAACGAAAGGCUAGAGGAAGAGGUUCAGAAGCUUAGAGACAAAGUUGAACAGAUGGCUUCUGAAAGCAGUGAAGCGGCAAUCGAGAAACUUCAAGAAAAAAUAAAGGAUUACAAAGCUGUAUUGAAGUGCAGUGUUUGCUAUGAGAGACCGAAGGAGGUUGUAAUUACAAAGUGCAACCACCUGUUCUGUAGUCUAUGCAUCCAAAGGAAUUUGGAGAUACGCCAUCGAAAGUGUCCAGGCUGUGGCACGGCUUUUGGCCAGAAUGAUGUACGAACAAUCCAUAUUUAACGGUCACCAUAUAUAUUCUUUCUCCUCCCCGCCCAUCUUUUUCUGAUGCAUAUAUGUAUAUAUACCCUCAUCUGUCUGUCUUAUCUCGGGUUGAUUUCUUUCCUUCAUAUUCUCUUUUACAUUAA